AUGGAUACCGGAUCAGAAACAAAGUUAAGAUCGACUAGAUCUUCUGCUACGAUCGAUAGCGAGAACUCUACCAAAUUCGAGUUUGAUUUUUCCCACGAGAUUGAUCCAAAUGAACAAUUAGAAUGUUUGUCUCGUAAUAUUGAUAGACAUCAUAAGUCUUCAAAGACUGUAAAUAUACGAGACACAAAGAUUUCCAUUUCUAAAAUGGUCUUAGAUAUUGAAGAUCAUAAUAUAAAUUAUGAUAAUGAUGAUGAUGAUGAUGAUGAUCCACUUCCGGAUACUCUGUACAAAGCUUUCCACAAGAAAAUGUUAAGACAAGAAAAUAGAAUGAUUGAAUCAGAUAUCAAUGAAAGUUAUGAGAGUGCAGAGCAUCUUGAACAACUAUAUAACAAAUUGGAAGUUAUAACGUGGCCAACUGCUUUGGCAAAAAUGACUAAAAUUAACGAUCCUACUGACGACGAUGAGUUAGGUGAAAAAAGACAAAUGGCAAUGAAUAAGAUUAUGGAUAUGUUAGAUAAAUAUAAAUUAAUGAAUGAACAUGCAUCUAUAUUACAAAAAAAUAAAUCCAAAUUUAAAAUUAAUCCAUUAACUAAUUAUACCAAGAUAUAUAGAAAUGUUGAUCAUUUACUCUUGGAUAAUUAUGAAAGUUCUUCAGAUGAAGAUGAGGAGGAAUUUACAACGGAACAAAUACGAAUUCAUAGAAUUAAAAAGAGAACUGAGAGUUGUGGAGGAGUUAUUACAAUAGGAUUAAAGACAUUUGAAGUUAGAGAGCAUUAUACAAUAAUUGCACAACCUUUAAAGAAACCUUACGUCAUUAAAUUAACUUCAAAGGAAAAGAAAAAGCUUUCAAAUAUCGAACCCCAAAGAAGAGUUUUCAAAUAUUCUAGAACUUUGAAAAAUAACGUAGGGAAAUUAAAACAUCGUGAUGUGGUCCCCGUAACAAUGAUAAUUGAUGAUAACGAAAGAAAGUCAUUAAUUUCACAAUAUAAUAUUGAGAACGAUAUUGAAGAAACUACAGAAAUAAAUCCAACACCACAUGAGAUUGAUUCUACCCCACCUACUUUGUUAGAAAUGACGCCAAUAAUAAAUGAAUCUUCAUUAAAUUCACCUCAUAUAUCCACUGAUAAAGAGAUACAGUACGUCCGAUGUUCAGAACAAAGUAUACCGGCGCCUUUAUACCCCAGUCAGCAAUUACAGGUACAACAAUUAUUACAACAGUCAUUUCCUAAAAACAAACUAAGAGAAUUACAAAAAUAA